UUUCAACCAUUUCUGACACCUGAGGUUAAGUUUCUUCCCCCAAAAAGACCACUUCCCUGAACGAUCGGGUUGGGACAAUUCCCCGGUACAUUUGAUCAGCAUUUUGUGGGAUAAAUCGCCUGUUUACACAAUGGCCAUCGCUGAACAGAGCCGGGAAACAGGAGGUUGCUGAGAGCAGCGCAGACACAAUCGGAUUAAGGCGCCGGGCUCCAAGCCCUAGCUGUGGCUGAAAAGCGCAUUUCCUGCAUUACCAGGUUUAUUUUUGAAAGGUGAUGGUCACUAGGCCUGAUCAGUUCGAGUUAUUCCAGCCAGAAGGAACCGGGAGCGUGGUGCGUCCCCGGUGGGAUCCCGGGCUGCUCUGUACACACUUACAGCAGGCAGAUCUCAGAAGACGUCAGCUUCGGACUGGCCCUGCACCGCGCGGGGCUUCGUGUUGAAUCUUUAAAACGCCAACUUUUUAAAGAUAUUUUUCACUGCUAUCUGAUAUUCCAACGGGGAAGAACGAGGUCGGGGGAAUGCUUAAGUGAUUUGAAUACCUGUGUGUCCUCGGGAGCUGCUGCUUAGCGACCUCCUUGCCUUCAUUGAAGAUGCGCUCUGCGUAAACAAGCGUGAGGUGACCACAAAUCAUCUACAAGAGAGCACAGCGUUUGAAGUUGAUUUCGACGAGUCCAGAGUUUAUGGGUGGCAGGAGCCGAGUGCAGAGCAGGAGCUGAUUUCCGGGCGAAAGCACUUGUGGACUAUGGCUCCCGGGCUUCACGCAGUGUGCCUCCUCUUCGUGGUCGCUCUGAUCCUGCUCACCCCGGCCGCCUUCGCUCAGGACGAUGACUCGGGAGGUGAUAGCACUCAGGCGCCCGGCAACAACGACAGCCUGGACUUCGACGACUACCGAGGCAAAGGCUGUGUGGACGACAGUGGAUUUGUGUACAAAGUGGGCGAACGCUUUUUCCCAGGCCAUUCGAACUGCCCGUGCAUGUGCACGGAGGACGGGCCGGUGUGUGAACAGCCCGAAUGCCCCAAGAUUCACCCCAAGUGCAGUAAAGUGGAGCACAACGGCUGCUGCCCCGAAUGCAAAGAAGUGAAAAACUUUUGUGAAUACCGGGCGAAAACUUACAAAGUGCUGGAAGAAUUUAAGCCGUCUCGCUGUGAGUGGUGCCGAUGUGAAGCAAGCAGUGAGGUGCACUGUGUAGUUGCUGACUGUGCAGUUCCUGAGUGUGUCAACCCUGUCUACGAACCCGAGCAAUGUUGUCCGGUCUGCAAAAACGGUCCCAACUGUUUUGCAGGUUCGACAAUAAUCCCAGCAGGGAUGGAAGUGAAGGUGGAUGACUGCACCAUAUGCCAGUGCUCACAGAAUGAGGAUUGGUGGAAGACAGAACGACAGGCCACAUGUGUAAAACGGGAAUGUGAACGACUGUGAACUGGGAGUCAACUGUUCCACUUUUAACUAACUGCCAGCAAAGCAGCACCAUAAAGUGCUGUACAGCCAAAAAAAAAAGCCCAGCUCUAUACACUGCAAUUGUCAUUGGAAGAUCUAGAUUCCUGGUGCAAAUACUGUUUGGUGAAACAUUAUUUUUUUAACAUUGCUCAUCAUCUCAUCCUACCUGUGGAUGCUAUUUCGGUUGAAAAUUAAAUUAGGGUUUUGACUACUGAUUACUAAUAUAUUUUGGUUUGCAGUUUUUUAUGUUGGAUGCAACUGCUUCUUGUGUCACCUUAAGGACCUUUCCUGCUCCUCAUAAGCACUGGUUGUUUGCACUUAAUAUUAGAAGCUGUUUGCAGGCAAACUGUGAUACUUCUGAAUUUGUUUCAGCUCUGACUUUUUCUGCACUUUGCUGUUUGCUUCAUCCUAACAAUGAUUGAUGGAGGAAAGCUAUCAUAUGAAGACUGUUCAUUUUAUAAUCUGAUCCACUAAUGUUGUGCCUGAGAAUGUAAAUGAAAAUAUUCUAAUGAAAAAAUGUACAAUGUGGAAUUAUAGCGCAACUGUAUUUAGUGUGGCCAAUAAGCAUAUUCUAUGAAAUAUAUUAUUUUGGUAAAUAUAAAUUGUGACAUU